UUCGUUGCUCCUCUCUGUCCUUUCUUCCUCUUCAACGGCAAACCCUGAAAUUUCAGAUCCAAGACCCUCCAAACCCUAGAAAUCAAAUCACAAAAAUCAAAUCCCAAAACCCCUCAGAAAAAUCCCCAAAAAACCCUAACCAUGGAAAAAACCCUCCGUUCCUCUCUUCAAUCUUCUCCCCAGAAAUUCCUCCUCUCAGCUUCAAACCUACCUCUCAAAUCCUCAAAAACCCUUCUUAAAACCCUAAUCCAUUCCAUUCCCCAAACAUCCCCCCUCUCCUCAUCUCUCCCAUCGGCUCUCCAUCACUCCGUCUCCCAAUCCAUCCAUUCCUUCACCCACCCCUCCGAUCCCGACCGUCCCAGUUCGCCCCCUUCCCCACCCUCCAAACGCCCCCGCCGUUCGUCUCGAAGCCAAAAGCCUGCUUCCCGUUCGGCCCCCACAACCGAUUCUAACCGUCCUAUCCUCCUCAAAAGCCUCCAGGUUUACACCUACAUUGCGCACCUCUGUAUCUCCCAUCCAAGUAAGCCAUUCCAGCCGUCGGAUCUUCUAUACUCUGUCCACGCGUUGCACGACAGCCUCAUUCUAUUUGAAGUGAACCCCGCUUUGAUGCUUGAAAUCACUGGAUUGUGCGAGGAGUGGUGGAGAGAGGGGUGGCCUGGGCGGGAAACUCUGAUCUCUCAGUCGCUCCCGUUCCUAGUGUCCCGGUCGUUGACGGAAGGGAAGAAGGUCGAUGUCCGGAGGGUUUGUGCUCUUCGGGAUGCUUUCUCUUUGUUCGAUUUUGACGAUGAGAGUAUUGAUGAUUUGAAGAUGCUUCUUGUGCGGUGUGUGAUUGCACCCUUGUAUCUGAAGACGGACGAUGGGAGGCGGUUUUUAGCAUCUUUGUUUGGUUUAAAUGGGCAGCUUGUGAAGGAGAUAUUGGCGCUAAUACAUGCUCAAAUCCCAUUUGGAAGGAAGUCGAUGUUGGAGGCCUAUGCAGAUGUUCUUUUCCGGGCAUGGAAGGAAGGUGGGUCAAGGGAUGAGAUUGAAAGUGGGUUCUUGCAGGGCUUGGUUGAGGGGGCAAUACAUGCAAGUUCAAGGCCACUGGCUGCAUCUGUGAGGAGGAUUUUGGGAGGGUUUAUUAAUCAGAGGACGACGGAUGGGGUCGAGAAGGUUCUUUUUCGGCUUGUGGAGCCUGUGCUGUUCCGUUCGUUGCAGGCUGCAAACGCAAAUGUUCGCCAAAAUGCAUUGCAUUUACUCUUAGACAUGUUUCCUCUUGAAGAUCCAGAUGCUACGAAAGAGGUCAAAGAUACUCUUCUUGAUAAACAGUUCUUUUUAUUGGAGAAAUUACUUGUAGACGACUGUCCUGGUGUGAGAGUUGUUGCUGUGGAAGGCUGCUGCCGUAUUCUUCAUUUAUUUUGGGAAGUCAUUCCUUCUUCGACAAUUACAAAGUUAUUAACCAAAAUUAUUAAUGACAUGUCACAUGAUAUUUGCUAUGAAGUCAGACUGUCGACGUUAAACGGCGUUAUAUAUCUGCUUGACAAUCCACAAACUCAUGAAAUUCUGAAAGUGCUUCUUCCAAGAUUGGGGUUCAUGUUCCUUGAUCCUAUUCUUUCUGUACGUGUGGCCGUUGCUGAUCUCCUUCUGGCUUUAAUACAUAUUCCAACUUUCCAGUUUAAUAAGGUGGUUGGUUUAGAAGCCUUACUGUCUUCCCUUUCAAAUGAUCACCCACUUGUUGCUAAAAGAAUAACAAGGCUGCUAAUACCAUCAUACUUUCCUUCAAAAGUAACUCCAAAAGAAGCCUGUAAUCGUUGUGUUGCACUUAUAAGAAGGUCUCCUACUGCUGGGGCAAGGUUCUGUGAAUUUGCUCUAUCAGAAGGGUCAUCUCCGAAGCCUCUUAUGGAACUUGUCAGAUUCUGUGUCAGUUUGUCACUCUCACCUGAUGGUCUAAAUCCUGAUCAGAUUGAUGGCUUUUCUAUUGCUGCUGCUAACAUUUGUAGCAGUCUUUUGAGUGAAGCAUCUAACAAGAUGGCCCUUAAUGAGUUGAUUACAGGCAAAAAACUGAAGCGUUUGCUUAGUGUAGUGACGAGUGAGCGUGCACAUGCUUCAGUCUUAAACAUUGCCUCCAUGACUUCUCCAGACAAUGCAGCUUGGCUUCUCGAACAAUCUAUGGACCUGCUCAGGAAUUGUGUCAGCUUAUCUGAAAACGUUGAAAAGCAAGCAGAAGUUAGGGCUGCUCACAAGCUAGUGUUGUUUUGUGGUAGAUUUGAUGACUUCUUUGAAGCAUUAGUAAACCAUUUGCAAAGAACUGCUUCUCGGUGCCAUACCAAGUUCGGCUCAGACAUGCCCAUGCACUGCAUUCCAACUAGAAGGAAGAAAGUUAAGCUUUCUGUGAAAACAUCUACAAAAUCUAGUAUGGUAAAUGGAAAAAGAUUGUCGAAUUGUGGCAUUUCCAAUGUGGAGGGAGAUUAUGUUAUUGCUGCAGUGAUGGCAUGGCAGAUUAAAGACCUUCUUGUAUCUGUGGAUACCCGCAAUGCUGUGUUAAACUCUCCAAUAUCAGAUCUGGCUUUGUCUGCUUUGAAGGUUAUUUCUCAGGUGAAUAUUGAACAAUGCAUUCACUGUGAAUUCUUGGAUACAUCACCAGUUUUGGCGUACACCUCCCUUGCCACACACAUGGCUCUUCACAAUGUUGAUGUAGCGAAUACAAGUGAUGUGGGUGAUAAUGAGAGAAACAGCUUGCAUUCCACAAGGAUUUCGCCGGAGCAAUCAGUGCUAAACCAGGCGCUGACCCAUCUCCUCAAUUGCACCGAGAGGCUCUUUCGUGCAUGUGACCCUGGAAAAUCCAGCAUUUUGAAUUCCGACCUCAGGCAAGGAGAGAAAAUGGUUGAGCGUCGUAAGUCCAAGAGAAGAGAAGCUCUAGCAGAUGUCUCAAACACAAUAGGUACGGAACCUAAACCUGAUUUCCCCGAAAUAAGGAGGAUAUCAAAUACAGUGAAAAUGGUUACCACAGUUCUGAAGUUUGUUGUCGAUGCUGCCACCGUGAGAUCUGCUUCCCUCAACAAAGGGAGGGAAUUGCAGUUCACAUCUUCAUAUGUACAAUACAUCAUCACCACCCUGGAUCAACACCCAGGCUACAUAUCAUUGUCUGAGGAAGAAGAUUUGAAAGAUAUUUUCUUAUAUCUCAAGAGCUCCUUCACUUAUGCAGCCAAGCUGCUCAAUCUAGUGCUCAAGAAUUGCAGUGAAUCUUCCCCACCGUCACAGGAGGCCUCCUACCUUGCUAAUAACCUUCUCAACCUAAUCACCUCAAUCGAAUUGCAUGUUGGAUCAAGGUACGCAGCAUAUCUUGUUCCUGUAGCAACGACAUGGCUUCCUGAUCUGAUCCUUGCAUUGGCCUCCAGCCAUGUUCUGAUCAAGGCAGCGAAAGAGGGUGGCUCCAAUGGCUUGUCCAAUCAUGGUCAGCUUUCUUGUCCAACAUGGGCUGUACUUCUGGGUAAGGCCGAGCUCAAUGAACUGAGUGAACUUAGCCAAGAGGAGGAGACUUGCAGUACUAAUGAAAUGGAGUUUUCAGUGUUCAAGAGGCUCAUUGGAGUGGCAGUUCUGCAGUUAAAGAAAGGAAAUUUGAAGAUACUGGAUGCAGUUGGUGCUGUAAUUUUAAAUAGCUUAACGGCCACGAUGGAAAGCCGAGACUUUGGGCUGGUCUUUGGUCUGGUGCAUUUUGUGUGCAUAAAGAUGGUGGGUCCCGAAUAUGGAGACUGGAAAGAGCUGGAACUGGUGUCCGCUUCUCUAAAAGAGAUGUACAUUCGAAUAGAGAAGGAGAUUCAACAUCCAAAGAUAGGCAAUGACGGAAGGCACAGGCUGGAGAGUGCCAAGGCAUUGAUUGAAUCAGUUGGGAUGGGCCAUGGAUGAAGAUGGUGGGAGCUCCAAGAUGAACUCCGGAAUCAAUAUGAUAGAAAUUGUAAGAUAUUAAGUGGGCCACUCAAUAGUUGCAGAACUCUGCAAAGAUGGCUGAAGGGAUAUUGAGUUUAAAAGGCUUGAAAGUUGAGGUCAGAGAUAUUCAU